UCGGUAGACACGCCGGUGGCGCCGCGGCGCGGCCCCUGCCAGCGUCGCGCUCUUACCUCGUGCUGUAGCUGUCAAAUCCAAGUGACGUAACCGCUAGGGCGGCGCGCACACGGCCGCCGUCAGCUGCCCGUUCAGUACGUCCGUGAUUGCUCCCGCCGUGUUGCACUCGACGCCUUGCGUCUGCGGUCCAGUGCACUGUGUUAUCUACGCCGUUGAUUUCGCGAGGCAGGUGAGGUUGGGGCCGGCGUGGCCCCGGCCGUUUGAGUGUACCCGGCUCGCUAUUGAUCGCAUCUCGUCUGCCUAUUUCAAUGUUUAUAAACAGCCGGCCGCAUCCAUUCGCUCCCUCUUGUUUUUGAUACGUCCGCCUGACAGCGCGCGAUCCGGACGGCUGAUCCUGAAUGCACCGGCCGCACCGGCGGCAGCGACGCACCGCUCGGAUUCAGUGCACCCGCCAAAAAUCAAUAAAAGGAAAUAACUCAGCUCGGUUCGUGGUACAACAUCAGGAAGAGAACACAAAUUAGAUCUCUACGUAGUGUCAAGCAAGACAUAAACAACAUUGUGAGUGAAAUAAGAAUAAGCCUUGGGAAUUAAUUUUGUAAAUAUGGACGGUGUUUUAAUACGGUUACAUAAUUGACACUGACGCGUGAACUGUGAGCUGAGGAAAAUUUCAUGUGGUCAAGGGAUAGAGCGUAGGCAGCGAUGCUGUCGUACAUGGUGCCGGUAGAGGAGAAGCCGCCGCCGGUGCCGGGCAAGGGCCGGCUGGCGCUGGAGCUGGUAGGCAGCCCUGGCAGCCCCGAGUCGGCCGCACGCCGUGCCCGCUCCGCCAUUACUAACAUCUCAAAGGAGUCCUCGACCAGCUCUUUUGCCAGCGAUCUCACCAUAUCCUCGUCGACGCCUACUGGCGCGCACGAUAAACCAAAGCAUAAACUACUCGGAAAUGGAACGAAACACACCACGCUCAAGAGGGUGUCGUUUGGCAGUUCGAAGGGGUCGAUGGUAGAGACCCUAAUCUACGAGAGUCCCCUCCAAGAGGAGCCGGAGAGCAGUCCGCCGCCCAAAGUGCAGGAGACAUCGUUCCCCUACACACCCGUUGAAGACGAUUCGGAGCGUUCUAAAGUUCGCGUGUCGUUCUACCAAGGGGCGCGGCCGCAGUGCUUGUCCCCACCUCCGCCGGUGCCGCAGACAGAUUCCCACGUUCUUUACGCGGCCCUGCUCUCGGCUGCCGCUAACGCCGACAUGGUGGACCACACAAUGUACAACAGACAGAUCAGCACGGAGAGCGGGUGGGACAACCCGUUCCGUCCAGACGGCGACCUGAGCCGCGAGGCCGACGAGAUAGUGUCCCUGAUCAAGGGCGGCAAACCGAUUACUCCGACGCCGCCGCCCGUUGCCGUGCCGCAACUGGCCGCCUGCGACGAAAAGGAGGAGAAAGUGCAAGCGAAUAAUGUUAACGCUAGCCCUCCGUCGUCACCGCAGACCAAACUGGCAAGUCCCGAGCAGCAGAGCACUCCGAAGGUGAUGAACGGUACUAAGAACGGCGCGGCCGUGCCGGAGGUGCGCGCCGGCCAGGUGGAGGUGCAGCGCCAGCCGCCGCAGGAGCCGCAGCAGCCCGAGCACGUCACCAUCCGCAAGAAGCCCAAGUGCAAGUGCUGCGCCAUCCAGUAACGCCCCGGCGCGCCACCGACUCGCUUCACACCGGUAACACGCUAUGCUUUAUUACGGCGUACUGCCAACCUUGUGUUUACUCGGUGCUAAGUAUUUCAGUUUAAACAUACCUUAUGUUCGACAUUGAAAUAUUUCUACUAUAGGUACUAUUUACAAAAAUAUAGGUUCCAUGUACCUACUAUUUACAAAAUUCAUUGCGAGUAUGGCAGCUAUUUUUGUGUAAUCUAUACAUUACUGAAGUUAGUUUCAGUGCUUGAAUACCUUUGUAGGUAGCAGUUUUAUUGUAUCUGUUAUCUUAAUGUUUUUGAUAUAAUUUUACGUAGUUAGUUUUUAUCAAACUUUUUAGGGUACAAACAUGAAAGUAUUUAUUUCGUUUAUUAGCUAGUCGGAUGAAAAUUUUAGAUUGUGACGUUGAUUAGUUUCCAGGCUAUUUAAAUUAUUGUUUCUUCAAAGACAAUUUUAUUGUGUCUGCAUCCUAUGCACGAUACACAAAAUAAUAGGUAUUUCAUUUUUAAUAUCGUUUUAGAGAAUCUCACAGAAUUUUAACGGAGCUUAAUAGUGGUCACAAAAAGCUCUAUUUAUAUCAAACUUAAAUCUGCUAUAAAUUACUAUUUCCACUUUUGCUCAUUUGAAUCAAUUGACAUAUAGAGGAAUGUAAUCAUAACUUUGAAAGUAAUCAUUUAUUUAAAACUGUUACUUUAAGAGUUGACUAUGUGUUGAAUAAUAUUAAAAUACAUAAUUUAAAUGUAUAUUUUUAUAUCUUUAUUUAUAAAAAGUAUUAUAAUCCAUACAAAGUGGGUAACCAAGUAUCGGCGAUAUCAUUAAAGAUUAUAGAUAUUUCGACGGAUGUAUUCUGCCAUGUUUCUGUGCUAUCCACGAAUACUAUUGGUAAUUAAAACAGAAUGUCUAUACAUUCGUAUUGUUUUAGCUGUUUCUUUCAUAUUUCUAAACCGUGUUUUAAAGUUAUUUACAUAUUUGUCAAUAGAAUUCGUGUAAAGCUGUACGUAGAUGCCUAUGUGUAGGUAAAUGUUAUUACUUACUGUUAUAUUAUUAAAGUAGCCUCCUUCAUAACUCCACGCGUCCAUCCAGUAGUAUCGACACCUUUUUUGAAUUUGAUGAUAUUGUGGUUACUGAGCAGUUGUUGAGAUAAUUUAAACAAGCCUACUUAAAUUACAUAUUUGUUCGACAGAAACAACAAGACUGUUUAUUUGCUAAUUAUUAUACUUGGCAGCAUAUUGGAUAACUGGUUAGUGAGAGGGAAAACUAGCCAAUAAUAUUGUACGAAAUUAUAGGCUAACGAAUAGCUUAUUGCAAAUAUUACAUACACUAACAGGCACGAUUGAUCCUCCUCCUUGUUAUUCAUUGAUUUUGGAAAAGUUGCCAAACAAGGAUUAUAUUUUGACGAAAGCCACCCUUAAGACAACUUGUUUAUGAAUGGAAUCACAAACAAAAACGAUCUUGUAAAAAAAGGUCGAUAAAAAGUUAUAAUUUUAGAUAACAAAACGAACAGUCUAGAUUUUUUUCAUUAAAACUUUUGUAAGAGGUGUUGUUGCUUCAGGCUCUGAGGUCUUCUUGGAGUGGGCUUGGCAAUCUAUCCACGAUAUCCUGGAUCUCACUGGGGUAUAUUGUCCCACCAUUAUUAAGGAGGACGGUUUAUUGUGCCUAUGAGUGUAGUGUUUGCAGAAGGAAUAGAGUCAUUUUAGAAUACAUGACGAAUUUGAUUAUAUAAGGUAGUUUCUGCUGAGAAAUAGAUUUUUAAAAUAAUUUAUAACAUUGAUGGGCUAUUUUCCAUAAAAUAAAAAUAAUAACGAACUGCAAACGACUUGUAAUAUAAAUUACGAAUAAAUAAAACGGCUGGACAACUGUUGCAAAAUGGUUAUAGUUAGUAAUGUGUAUAAAAUCGAUAGGUUCCAAAAGGAUAGAGUUUUUAAGGUAGCUAGAAGUAAUUAGGAAGGAAAUAGCGUUAUACACUUCGUUAUUAAACAGAUAAAUUUAUUUUUGAUUUUGUUUAGGUUUUCGUAUUUAGUAGAUGAAGCUUAGGGUGCGAUUGUAGAACAUCAAUGCGUGAUUUUUGUAGAGACGGACGAUAGGCGCUGCCGGUGAAUUCGUGGGACGGCAGCUGUUCAGUGUGGCCCCGCCACAACUGGUAUCAGCCACCGUAGAUCUCACUCAAUGCAAAGCACAUCAACUAACUCCGACUAGAAAACUGAAUGCAUCCUUAUGCGGAUCAAUGAUGGAUUACAAUGAAAAAACAAUAAUGUCGAUAUACCAUCUAAAUGUCCACCUAAGCAUAGCUUGGCAAACAUCACCCUUAACUUAUUAUCGCAAAUAGCUUUGUCAUUGCAAGUACAUGAUGUAUUGGUGUUAAUUGUUAACCUAUAGUUAAAUGUUUCCAUAGUAAAUAAUCAGACUGUAUGUAAAUCUAUAUGCACUAGAAUGUUAGGUGUCUUACUUAUAUCCUCUAUCGCCAAGCUGCAGGUGGUUCAUCCUAUUCUAGACUUUACUGACGAGAUUUCCAUAACAGUAGUUAUUUAAAAUGAGGAGGCUUUCCUAAUCAGCCCCAAAUUUUAAAUCUCAUAUAUUUCUGUAAGUGCUUGUUAACAUCUUGUUAUUUUUUAUUUUUAUUACGUCAUACUUUUAAGUGCGUUUAUUCGGGCACAAAAUUAUGUUCAUAAUAAUUCCUGUAUUUUUACAAGUAGGGGAGUGAUAACAUUGUAGAAAUAGUGGUAUGCUGGUUUUGAUUGUAAAAGUUUGUCAAUUAAAAUCUUUCCGACGCUAAUACCUGAUCUAUAUAGCUGAGAUUUAGAUUGUUAAUUACGUGACGCGCAUCAUUUCAUAUUUUUUCAUUGGAAAUAAUAAGGUCCAAUAGAAAAUCAUACAUCAGAUUCAAGCAGAAUAGCGCGUCUGAUUGUUGAAUCGAAGUAGUACUGAAGUCGGAAAGCAGUAUUAAGUAUUAUGUUCUGUAUCUAUAAAUGUUAUGACUCUCAUAAAAACUUCGUGUAAUUAUAUGUAUGUAUUAGUAAUUAAAUAAAAAAUCGUACCUUUUUCAUCACUCUUUACGAUUCCAAUUGAUGAAAAUAUGUUCCUUAAUAAAGUUUUUUAUUUGUAAGUAAAAUACUGGCAUUAAGGUUUCAUAUCUUACUGUUCCGAACGGCGACCAACAAAAUUCAUAUAAAAUAUAUUGAAUAUCUCCUUAUGCGAUAUAAAAAUUAUACGAUUCUAUAUUAUAUUUUAAAUGUGGUGUAUGUUCUUAUUAUCCAAUGUUUUACUAUGUAACCUAGCCGUUAUCUAUAGUACAGACCUAAAAUGACAUUAUAUUUGUAUAAAAUCUUUACUUUCUAUUUAUUAUUGUCAAUGGAUAUUGUACAAAUUGAUUACAUUGUAAUUAUUUAUAUUAAAUCUUUAAAGGCGGA